AUGAUGAAAAUACCAAACCUUCUUCUUAUGGUUAUCUCCAAUAACACUACAUUAUUCUUCAUUAUAUUGACAAUCUUCAUUUCUAUUAUUCUUAAGAAAUGGAAUACUAGUGUAAGAAAUUACAAUAAACCAUUUCCUCCAGGUCCAAAAUCAUGGCCUAUAAUUGGAUGUCUUCCUCAAAUAUUUCUAAAAAAUAAGCAUGCUUUAAUUAAUCGAAUACACAGAAUUAUGGAGGAAAUGAACACUGAAAUCGCUUGCAUUCGUGUUGGUAAUUAUCAUGUUAUUCCUGUAACUUCUCCUGAACUUGCUUGUGAGUUCUUGAAGAGUCAAGACUCCGUUUUCUCAUCUAGGCCUAUUUGUAUGUCCGCGAACCUUAUUAGCAAUAACUAUAUAGCUUCUGUUUUCCUCCCCAUUGGUGAUCAAUGGAUGAAAAUGAGAAGGAUUCUUGCUUCUCAUGUGCUAUCACCAACAACAUUUCAAUGGCUGAGUUGUAAAAGGGAUGAAGAGGCUGACAACCUUCUUCGAUUCGUUUACAAUAAUCAAUGUAUUAGUAUUAAUUUGAGGAAAGUCACAAGAUGUUAUUGUGGAAAUGUAAUUAGGAAUAUGAUUUUUAGUAAGAAGUCAUCAUUUGGAAGUACUAUAGAAGAAGAGGAGCAAGUUGAUGCACUUUUUACACUUCUUGAAUAUCUUCAUUCUUUUGGUGUAUCAGAUUAUUUACCAUGGUUAAGUGUAUUUGAUUUGGAUGGUCACAAGGCAAUUAUCAAGAAAGCAUAUGCUAAAGCAACAAAAUAUAUUGAUAUUGAAGUUGAUAAGAGGAUACAAAUAUGGAAAGAUGGCAACAAAACUUUGGAAGAGGACAUUCUUGAUGUUCUUAUUAUGCUCAAAGAUACAAAUGGAAAUCCAUUGAUGAAUGUUAAAGAGAUUAAGGCACAAGUUCUUGAACUCAUGUUGGCAUCAGUGGAUAAUCCCUCAAAUGCAGUUGAAUGGACACUAGCAGAAAUGUUAAAUCAACCAAAGUUAAUGCAAAAGGCUAUAGAAGAACUCAACACUGUUGUUGGGAUCAAUAGAUGGGUUCAAGAAUCAGACUUGUCAAGGCUAAAUUAUGUCAAGGCUUGCAUAAAAGAGGCAUUUCGACUCCACCCCUUUAUGGCUUUUAAUGUUCCUCACGUGUCUGUCUCUGAUACCAUUGUUGGUGAAAAGUACUUCAUCCCUAAAUGGAGUAUAGUGAUAUUAAGUCGCCUUGGACUUGGACGGAAUUCUAGAGUUUGGGAGGAACCAUUAAAGUUUAAGCCGGAGCGUCAUCUCAAAAUGGAAGAUGAUGGUGAAGUAGUUCUCACUGAUUCAAACUUACGUUUGUUAUCUUUUAGUAUUGGAAGACGAGGUUGUCCAGCAGUGAAACUUGGUUCAACAAUUACUACAAUGUUACUUGCUAGGCUUCUUCAAGGAUUUACUUGGGAUUUACCAUCAAAUUCACCAUGCAAUGAUUUAAUUGAGUCAUCUAAAAUUAAUCAUUUUUCUACCUUACCACUUCUUGCUCAGGCAAAACCAAGAUUAGCUAACGCCAUGUAUAUUUAAGCACUAUUAAAAAAAAAAGUGUGAAUUACAUGUGGACUUUUCUAUAGAUUAGUAUUAAGAUAUACAGGAAACUUAUUUUCUCGUGAACUCAUACUAAUUCCCAGAAAAAUCCUCAUGUAAUUUACACUUUUCUUGUAGCGAAGUUUCAAUAUUUUUGUAUUCAUCUAAGUCUUUGUGUAAAAUUGGU